AUGGGGCUCCCCAAGCGGAAUCCCCUGUAUGAAGACACACCCUCCAUACCUGAAAGAGGGUUUGGUGCUGCUGAAUUUGCCAUCCUCAAAGUGAUGUCCGAUGACAGCUAUGCGGCCAUCGGCGGUCCGUUAUACUAUGAGAUCAUCAUGAACAAGGGGGCCUGUGGGCGGAUGAUGAGCAUCCUUAAGGUGGAAAAGUGUGUCCAAGGUUUCAUUUCUUUGGCAGGUUUUGGUGCUACUGAAUUGCUUAUCCUCACAGUGAUGUCCUAUGACCGCAACGUGGCCAUCUGCCGUCCGCUGCACUAUGAAACCAUCAUGAACAAAGGGGCUUGUGGGCAGAUGGUGGUGGCUUCAUAUGUCAGUGCAUUGGUUUAUGGAGCCAUGCACGCUUCAGCGACAUUUUCAACAAAUUUCAGUUUCAAUAAAAUCCACCAUUUCUUCUGUGAUAUCCCUCAGAUUAUGGUGAUCUCAGACCCCAAAACGAACAUAGAUGAAGCUUCAGUGUCUUUAAUAGGUGUAAUUAUGACAAUAAUGUGUUUCACCUCCAUUUUAUAUUCCUAUGUCGACAUCUUCUCUGCUGUCUUGAAGAUCUCCUCCAAGGACGGAAGGUCCAAAACCCUGUCCACAUGCAUUCCUCAUCUGGUGGUUGUGGCGCUGUUCACUUUCACAGCUGCCUUGGCCUACUUGAAGCCACCCUCCUCCUCUCAGACCAUCCUGGACCUCCUUUAG